AUGCAUCACGUAAUAGAUUCCGACAGUGAAGACGAACUGCCCUCUGGUUGGGAAGAAAAAUCUACCGAAGACGGAAAUGUUUAUUAUGUUAAUUCUUGCAAUAAAAAAAUUCAGUGGACUCAUCCUCGAACUGGCAGAAAAAAGGUUAUACCUAAAGAUUUGCCUUUCGGAUGGACGAAAAUGACAGAUGAGGAUGGUAAAGCUGUGUAUGAACAUAAAGAAACAGGAAACACAACUUUAGUUGAUCCAAGAUUAGCUUUUGCUCAAGAGGAAAAGAAGCAUAUUAAUGACUUCCGUCAAAGAUUUGAUAGUUCUUCAACAGCUUAUCAGAUACUACAUGGAGUAGAUUUAUCUGGAAAAUAUGCCCUUAUAACAGGCUGUAAUGCUGGUAUUGGGUAUGAAACUGCCAAGUCACUGGCAAGGCAUGGGUGUAAUGUCUUACUUGCUAAUAGAAAUAUGGAAGCAACAAAGAAAGCAAUAGAACAAAUUGUAAAGGAAACAAAUGUGUCAGAGGAUAAUUUGAAAGCAAUUCAUUUAGAUUUGAUGUCCUUAAACAGUGUAAAGAAAUGUGCCUUGGCUGUAAAGGCGGUGUUUUCUGACCACUUGGACAUGUUGAUAUUAAAUGCUGGAAUUUUUGGUCAUGCGUAUGAAGAGACAGAAGACAAAAUUGACAAGACAAUACAAGUUAAUCAUUUGAGUCAUAUGUAUUUGGCUCUGUUACUGGAACCAUUAUUGAAGAAGAAUUCACGAGUUGUGUUUGUCUCUUCUGAAUCACACAGGAUGGCAAAUUUAAAAAAUGUAUUUGUUAAUCAAAAUCUGUCUUCUCCAAAGGAAUGGUUCAGUGCAAUGAUAGCAUACAAUAAUUCUAAAUUGUAUAAUGUUAUUACAGCUAAAGUUUUAAGUGAAGAGUGGAAAGACAAAGGAAUAUUGGUAAAUUCACUUCACCCUGGAAACAUGGUGUCGACAAACCUCAGCAAGAGUUGGUGGCUCUAUGAUCUAUUAUUCUUCUUGGUUCGUCCAUUUACAAAGUCAUUGCAACAAGCAGCUGCAACCACUGUCUACGUAGCAACAGCUGCUGAGUUGGAAGGAGUAACAGGCUUGUACUUCAAUAAUUGUUUCUAUUGUGAAGAGUCAACAUUGGCCCGAGACAAAGAAAUAAGAAAUGAAGUUAUUUCCAUAUCCCUUAAGAUGGUCCAGCAGCGAAUGGGUGUAGAUGAUAUACAACCAUAUUUAGAUAAAUAUUGUUGUUCAAAAUCUUAA